CUAGUCAGUUGUUAUCGAGCGUUACUUGAAGCUGGUUGGCAGGGUGUCCACUGCCAGGCUGUGUGUUUGUUGUUAGUGUUAGUGUUUAGUAUUAGUCGAUUUAUCGUGUGUGCGCGCUGCGAAAAUCUGAGCAAACGCCUCUUACCCUUCCCUGCAUCGCUCGCGUUGUCGCCGCCGUCCUCAUCGUCGUCGCCGUCGCCGUCGCCGUCAUCUUUGCUGCCAGUUUUAUUUGUAUUAUUCAUAAAGACCGAAAACGACAACAAAAGACGCGGAAAUGGAUUAUAUUGUGAAAGCCUACAAGGACUGGAAAUUGCAUUCGCAAUUUCAAGAGAUCGUGCCUGAUAUGGAUGAUACCGAAUUCAUGUUCAACGAAAAACAAUCAAUACGCGACUCCUCACGCACCCUCAAGAAAUAUGGCAGCACCUGCUGCAACAAUCUGAGAAACAAUGAAAUUCUUAUACGACACACAGUGGAAAAGACGGAUACACUGCAAGGAAUUUCGCUAAAAUAUGGCGCAACGACGGAACAAAUACGUCGCGUCAAUCGCCUUUAUGCCUCGGACAGCCUCUUCUUGCGUCAGUUCUUGCUUGUGCCCGUGGAGAAGACGUCACCCUACAAUUUGCAGGCAAAUGGGGCUGACCUGCUGGCCGAUGCACUGGCCUCGCCGCCCACCACGCCCGAUGCGAAUGUGCAGCGUGAAGCAUUGAACAAUGCAAACAAUUUGAGUCAAGCAAAUUGCUACGAUAGCAGUGGCAGCGGCGGUGGCAUCGGCAGUGGCAGUGGCAGCGGCAGCAGCAACAGCUGCAACACCAACAUCUCGUCCAGCUCGUCGAGCACACGUUCCGGUCAGCUGCACAGCACACCGCGUCCAUAUUCAAUUGCCGGCGAGCUGCUGGUGGUGCAGCCCAACGACGAGGAUCCAGCUCUAAUGUUGCACAAUCACAAUGCCACGUGCAACGCCAAGCAGAGCAAGUCUCUGGACUCGGUGGCCGCGAUGACGCCCGAGGAGGAGAAUCGCAAGUGCAUGAAUGAUUUCCUCAAUAAGAUUGAUAACACGAUAUCUGAGUCGCGCAAAUAUGUCGAACGAUCCAAGGAUUUGGUGAAUAGUCAAAGUGAUGCGGACAUUUGCAUCAGUGCCACAACGGAUGUGUUUCCACAGCGCCGCAAUCAUCACCUCAAUAACUCCUACAAGAACAACAACCACAACAGCAACAACAACAACAAUCGUCCGCCGCACCACCAGAGGCAUAGCUCGACGGGCAGUGGGAAUUCGGAUACGGCGCAGCUCUUGAAUACUACGCAAACACGACGAGUGCAGAACUCACUGAAGCGCCUGGAGAAGCAGCAGGAUGACUUCUUUGAGUUGUAGCAGCUGAGCGAAGCGCUUCGUAGCAUUAACCACGCGCUACGACAUUAUAAUUAACUAGAAUUACUGUGCGAAUGAGAGAUAUCAAGAAAGCGAGAACGAGAGAGAGCGAAAGUUAAUUUUACAAAUUGUUUUUUAAAUUUGCAGCGCAACCCGAAAUGCUGCACUAAAUGUAAAUUAUAUAAAUAUAUAAAAACAAUACAUACGUACACCUAUAUACUAUAUACCACAUAUAUAUAGAUAUGUUAAGCGCUACGCUAUUUAAACCUGUACUAUAUAUACACACAACAUACUAUCGUAUAAUGAUAUAAUGAUAUCUAUGUUAUAUUUUGAUCUUAUUAUUAGUCCAACUGUUCAGCCCUUUGUAAUUGCCGCCAAUUUGCUUGCAAAGUCUGUUCCUUCCCCACUUCCCACGAGUUUUUUGUAUGUGUUAGCUUUAAAUGGAAUGCUUACUUUUAGCUAUGAGAAUUAUUAAUCUUAAUUCACACACACACACACACACACGCAACACACAUACACACACACACACAC